GCCUCAUUAUUUAAGGGCUUAAGGAUAAUCGAAAGGAAUCACCGGGUGGCACGGAAAAGUUGGAACUUGUUUAGACCAAACUCAAAAAGUGCAGCAACAGUGGAGAAAUAAUCUGUUUUUUAGCAAUACUGUUUUUCAAUGAAAUGCAAAAUGAGGCUGAUUCUGUAUAUCUUUAUUGCCGCAAUGGGCGUUUCGUGCCUCGUACAUUCCAAAACACAGAAAAGCGCCGUGAUUGACAGUAUUACCGAAAUGAAGGACCUGAAGAAACUGUUCCGUACGAAAACCAACGUCCUUAUUCUGUUUUUUGUCGGCAUUAAGGAGAAUAUGGGGAUCAUCUCGUCCUUCCGCGAAGCCGCCGAAACAGUAAAAGGGCAAGGUACGCUUGUCCAAUUUGACUGCAAAAAUUCAGAGGUAAAAAAAAUUUGUAAAAAGCUAAAGGCACAGCCCGCUUCCUUUGUGCUGAAGCACUUCAAAGAUGGUGACUAUCACAAGGACUACGAUCGUCAGACAACCGCGACCAGUAUUGUGAACUUUAUGCGAGAUCCUACCGGUGAUCUGCCAUGGGAAGAAGACCCGGUCGGGGCGGAUGUAGUACAUGUUCCGGAUGCGGUGGCGUUAGGAAAGUUCCUUAGAAAAGAAAUGAAACCAACGCUUGUUAUGUUCUACGCUCCAUGGUGUGGAUUUUGCAAAACGUUGAAGCCGGAAUUCUCUGGCGCUGCAACGGAUCUGAAGGGUCGCUACGUUUUGGCAGCAAUCGACGUUAAUCGGCCCGAAAACUCCAUCAUCCGCAAGCAGUACAACAUCACCGGAUUUCCAACAUUGCUUUACUAUGAAAACGGCCGUAUGAAACACACAUUCGAAGGGGAGAACAAUCGUGCCGGAAUUGUGGCUUUUAUGAAAAACCCAUCAGCCCCACCUCCCCCCAAACAAAAGGAGCAAGAUUGGUCUUCCGAAAGUAGUUCAGAGAUAGUGCACCUUACGUCAAGUAAUUUUGAACCAGCUCUCAAAGACGAACGAUCUGUGCUGGUGAUGUUCUACGCACCAUGGUGUGGUCACUGCAAAAAGAUGAAACCAGAGUACGAAAAAGCCGCUGAAAUUAUGAAAGCGAAAAAUAUUCCGGGUGUACUGGCCGCUUUGGAUGCCACAAAAGAGCCAUCAAUUGGCCAACAGUUCGGGGUUAAAGGUUAUCCCACGGUCAAGUACUUCAGCAAUGGAGAUUUCAAAUUCGAUGUUAACGUACGCGAAGCGAAUAAAAUUAUCGAAUUCAUGCAGAACCCCACGGAACCACCACCACCACCAGCCCCGGAAGCUCCAUGGGAGGAUGAACCAUCCGACGUAGUCCAUCUGAACGAUGAAUCCUUCAAACCUUUUUUGAAAAAAAAGAAACACGUUUUAGUGAUGUUUUAUGCCCCUUGGUGUGGCCACUGUAAACGGGCAAAGCCAGAAUACACGCGAGCCGCGGAACAUUUUAAGGAUGAUCCCAAAACAGAGCUUGCAGCGGUUGAUUGCACUCGUUACAGUACGCUUUGUGCAUCAUUUGAAGUUCGUGGAUAUCCGACUAUCAAAUACUUUAGCUAUUUGAAAACCGUUCGCGAGUAUAACGGUGAUCGUAUGGAAGUGGAUUUCAUAAACUUUCUUAAAGACCCAGACGCCGCACCGAAAAAGAGUGAGAAAGCAGUAGAACCAUUCGCUGAUUUCCAAGGUUCUGAGCAAAUAUUAUUGCUGACGGACAGUAACUUUGAAGAAGUUAUCAAGCGGGAACCCAAUCUUCUGAUUAUGUUCUAUGCGCCUUGGUGUGGCCAUUGUAAAAACAUGAAACCUGAGUUUGCAAAAGCCGCACUACUAUUGACAGAACAAAAUGUAUCAGCAAAGGUCGCCGCUCUGGAUUGCACAGUGCACACAAAGGCCGCGUCGCAAUUCGAAAUUCGUGGAUACCCAACAUUGAAGUUCUUUCGAGAAGGACAAUUUCAACGUAACUACGAGGGAAAACGUACCGCCCAAGACAUGCUCAAAUUUCUUCGCACUGGAGGAUCAACCACGAAGGAUGAGUUGUAAAAGUACAAUGCACUGAAAAGCACAGCACGAUAAUAGACUGUUUCAAAUUUAACAUUAAUUUCGUCAGCGCAUUGUUUUCAAUUCUAAGCAAUGCCACUUCUGAAAUUGCUUACAAUACGUUUACUACCUCCUACACUUGUCUCUCAAUGGUUUUUGUUUAAUUAAUGUAUAUAAAUAUCGUUCACCAUGUCGUCUUCAUCCCUCAGAAAAUAAUAUUUUUUUUCUUUUUAACGACUAGCAAAUUAAAAUUUAAUUCAUU